AUGGUAAAAAACCGAGUCGCACCUAUUAAACCUACAACCUUAUCUCGCCUAGAGUUGAUGGGAGCCGUAAUUGGAGCCAGAUUAGCCAACAACCUCAAUGACAUAUUGAACGUGAAAUCAACAACUUUAUGGUGUGACAGUCAAAUUGUCCUUCAUUGGCUUCAGUCGAAAAAGCCAAUGAAUCAAUUCAUCACCAAUAGAAAAGCAGUGAUUGAAGAAUCAACAAAAGGGCAUACAUGGAAAUACAUUCCAACUAAUUCCAAUCCAGCAGAUCUUCAAACAAGGGGAAUCUCAUACAAACAAUUUAAAGAUAACAGUCUUUAG